GCGGGCAGAGAGAGGCGGAGAGAGAGGCUGGCCGGCCGCGCGGCGCUGGAGACGGUGCCUGGAGGCCGCCUCGCCCGGCCGGGCUUCCCCUCCCGCCGACCUGUUUCCCUCGGGCAUCUUACCAAAGAAGUGUCUCCCCAGGGUCUCUCUCCGUCCCGCGCUGCCGCCCGCCCAGCCUCGCGCGGAACUUGCUCGCAGCCUCGCUCCCUGGGCGCGCGCCCCGCCGCCCUGCAGAUGGAGGCGGCCGAGGACUCCGUCGCUCCUCCCGCUGCCGCAGCGGCGAGUCGCCUUUCUCGCGGCGACGGAAGCGCAGGAGCCGCAUCAGGCGACUGAGCCGAAGCCCAGCCGAGCUGGCGGCGGAGCGCUUGGCCUCGAGAGCCGCCUUGGCGCAGGAGUCCUCCCCGCCCGCUUCGCUCUUCUCCCGAGGCCGAAGGAGACGCGCUGAGGGCGCCUCGGCGAAGGGCUCGCUCCCAAAACCGCGGCCGGCGGGAUGGCCGCGCUCCGCCAGGCGUCCGCUAAGCGCGGCGAGCGCCGCAGGGUAAGAGGAACGCGCGCCUUGGGCUCCGCUUUUACGCAGCGUUGACGCGGCCAGGGCUCAGCCCCGGGACCUCUGCUUUUCCGUGCCUAGCUUGAAGCUGCGCAAAGUUCGUGGGAAGUCCUAAUCCUAAAGACACCAGCCUGAAGCUCGAUCCCGUUCGUUGAACUCAGGAGGGCGGGCUAGUUGACUCCAGCCCUGAGAAGAUGGGAGGCGGAUUCAAGAGAAAUCGGGGCUUCUGGGCACGCGCGAAGUACUUUUGCUUUAGCUACAAGCCCUAAGUAAACUUGCAUAGCGGUACAAGGUAAAUGGUGCUUCUGAGCAUGUGUAAAGUGCCAUCACUAAGGCCAGCCUUCCCGUGCACAUUAGAGGUUAAGAGAAGGGCCACUAGGCAAAGCAGAAUAUUAUUAUUAUUUUGUUUUGAGGGGGAGGGUGUUAUUCCACUGGACACUCCUAGGGAUGGAUAUUAGCAGUCUUCAGAAUGCCCUUUCUGUACACACCUUGCAAUCCUUGCCUCCACUCUUUAAGAAAGGUCGUUAUUAAUAUCUUCAUUGCUAGCGUGAGAUCAAGAGAGUGGAGGCUUGUCUGUGAAGUGGGAUCAUGGCAGAGGCAAGACUCAAACAAUAGACUUUUUGAUGAAAAGUUUAGUCUUGGUUGGCUUCAACUGCAGCAGGAAAGAGGUUGCCCUAGCACAGGGAGCUAUAGUUGGUGGGAGUUAUAGUUCAACAUCUGAGAAUCCAACGUUGAAGAGCACUGAUGAAAGGGAUAGAUGGAGCAAGCCCAAGACAGGCCUGAGGCAGAACAGCCAAAUGGCACCAUCAUCACUACUACCCUCCCAGUACUUGACCUGGUGCAAUCUCCCCCCGCCCAGGACUUGCACAGGAGAACUCCAGUCAUCCGCUCCAUUACCUUUUAUGCCUCCCAAAGCUCACUGUAUCUAAAGCAGGUGUGGAGAACCUGUAGCCCUCCAGAGGUUGCUGAACUACAACUCCCAUCACCCCUGGCCAUUGGUCAUGCUUGCUGGGGUAGAUGGGAGUUGUAGUUUGGUUAUGUUUGGAGGGCCCAAGGUUUCCCCACACCUGAUCUAAGUCAACCUUGACUCGUUUCACCUCUUGCUAUAGGCAAACUGCAUGUGAACUUUGUCUGUUUCAGCGGUGUCCUACUUGGCAGCAGUGUUGUGAAGACAAAGCCUGCAAAAUUAUUACCGAAUGAAACUUUCCAAAUAAAUUAUAAAUUGUAACUAGUCUGAGUUGUGGCUGGUGCAGGUGGGACUCCCUUGUUCUCCUGAGUUACUGGGAAGGAGGGUAGACAGGCACAGGGAACUAGGCGGGAUGGCACAUGGCAGUGCAGCUGAUCCAGCGUUCUUGCCACUGCAAGCCACACCAUACUCCCUGCACCUCAACCCUCUCUGAAAGCAGCAGCAACCUGCGGUGUUGAAGAGCCACUUGUACCACCUCACCAGCCGCUACUGACGUGGCUCCAGCAAGCUCAGCAUGCUCUCCACAUUGGGCGCCCCUCCAGACACCCUUUCGGGGGGGAUUUUGGGAUGAUUUGUGCUCAUGAGACUAUUGGAGUGGUUAUAUGGGACCCUGCUUUCCAUACUGUUUGUGCCUGCUAAAGAUUUGAGGUGGGCAUCCUGCUUUCUUUCCAGUUGAUACAUUCCCCAUAACCUCCUGCUGGAGCACUGUAAGUUUUUACAGAAUAAAAUGUUUCAAUUUGCUUUUUAUUAUUAGAUUUAUUUAUUUAUUUAUAGCUCAUCUUCCUCCCUGACGGGACUCGAGGCAGUUUACAGAUAAAAACAAGUCAUUAAAAACAUGGGGGGGGAACCACAGUCUUUUAAAUCCAGUUAAACAUUAAUGGAAUUAAAACUGUAUACUUAUAUAAAAUUUGUUUAAAACAUACAAAUAAUUACGAUAAAAAGCACAGCACCAGCCUUUUCACUAAAAGCAGUCAAUUCCCAAAAGCCUGUUGGAACAAGAGUCUUGUCCCACUUGUGUUGACUAUAGCGCAGUGGUGCCCCUCUAGACGGCAGUAAUGUGGCAACAUGUGGAAAGCAUCACAGAACAGCUCAUAAAGCAGAAUGAUGUGUAAACGGUCCAGUAUAAAUCCACGACAAGUGCUCCGUUAUUGCCUGAAUGUCGUGUUGCAGAAUAGACCUGCAGAAAAAAGCCUUGGGGGGGGGUCUAAACCAUGCUCUGUAGGGCUGCAAAUCUAUGCAUCCUAACUCAAAGGAAAGCCCCACCAAAUUUAUCUUAGAUCUUAGAAGAGGAAGAGUUGUCUGUUAUCACUAUCUGAGGGUCUUUGUGUGUCCCCUCCAGGAGAGAUCCUCAGGAUGGCUACACGAGAAGGGGCCUUUUCUGCAGUGGCUCCCCACGUGGGAAAUGUUCUUCCCAGGAAGGCUUGCCUGGAGCCUUCAUUAUAUGUCUUUAGGUGCCAGAUGAAAAUGUUCCUCUACAACCAGGCCUUUGACUGUUUAAACAAUCUGGGGCCUUUUCAGUGUGCUUGUGGGAGAGGGGUUAUUGAUUUGUUUGUUUUUGUUUGUUAUGUAUUUUGUGUUCUCAUUUUGUAUUUUUAUGCUGUAAGCCUCCCUGUGAUUUUUAGAUGAAGGGCAGUACAGGCAACUCCCAAUUUACGUGGGUGGUACAUUCCAAGGCACCGCACGUUUAAGUGAAAUAUUGUAUAUUUGAAACACCAUUGAAAAAGCCUGCAAACACCCCGUUCCAGCCCCAUCCCUCCCUUUUUUCUGAUAUUUUCAGGUUACUUCCAAGUUCAGCAUGGUCACGCACAUAUCGGAUGUGCCUAAAACACUGCUGCCUGUAUAUAAAUUUAAUAAAUGCCACUACUACUGCUGCUGCUAAUAAUAAUAAUAAUACUAGGAACCUGUAAAAUGCUGAUUAAUUUCUCCUGCAUGUGUUCAUUAUAUUGUAGAAUAGAUGUGUGCUUUUCUGUUUUGCUGAGUGGAAGCUUUAAUCUUUCUCAGCUAUAGGUUGGCCAACUUUUCAACCAGCUCUUGCACCUGCAUGUUUAGCAGAAGCACUUGAUCUGCAGACAUUAGCCUGUGAUGUUUAUUUCCAGGCCUCAAAAAGCUUUUUUUCCCUGCUGAUUUUCUGCAGAUCAAUCGCCUCUUAAAGGGAAAAGAGCAGGCCAGGUUAUGGGGCAGGGUUUUUUAGGGGUGGGGUUAGGUGUUGACAACCCUAAAUACGACUGAGCAUUAUGGAACCAAGGGUGGUGAUUAUUCCGGAUUGAUUAAAUACAAUAAAUUAAUUGUAUGUGCCACUGAUUCAUAAUCUGUAACUGGACAUAGAGAUUUGCACAAUAGUUUUGAAAAGCAUGAAUAAGGAAAUUGCCAACUUCCUCCUUUUGAAACGCAAGAAGCCGCUGUCCUGAGUCAGCCUGGGUCCCUUUGUCUCAGCACUGCCUGGCCGUGACUGUCCUGUGUCUCAGACAGAGCCCUUUCCCCAUUAGGUGGACGAGCCAAGAGUUGAACCUGGGACCUUUGCUCAGGCGCAAAGCACGUGCUCUUACCACUGGAGCUGUGGCCCUUAGAGGGUGCUUAUGAGCUCGUGUGGAGUGCCUUUUCCCCUCCUGCACCCACACCGACUGCCUUUAGUCACCCCACACACAUCUGGGAUUCAGAGCGAAAAGCUUCCUGGGUGUGCAAAAUGUGGCUGGUUUGAAAUUAAGGAAUGAAAGCCCCGGGUGCCUGCAGUGUGUACACAGCCUAUGUUGUCAUCCGACUCUUGGCAGUUACUGCUGUCUUCCCUCUGGUUGCCAGGAAGUCUCUCGUCAGCAUCUGGCCAGGAUGGAGGGGACAGCAAGGUGCCAGGAAGGGAACACGCACUUCCCAUGUUUCCCUUAGCCUGCUGCCUGUGUGCUCCCUCUCCCUCACUCCCCAGCCUCACUCUCCCAUUUUGCUUUCCCACUGCAGGUUCCUCCAGGAUCUGUGCUAGCAUCCCCUUCUUCUCUGGAAGCCUGAGGUGCUGUUCUUGGUACCCAGAGCCUGCAUCUCUCUCGCUCUCCCUCUCUCCCUCCUUCAUUUUCUACCUCCUCCUCGCCCCCACUGGCUUACCUGGAUGCCUGCUUACCACAGACCCACGCCUCCCUGGCCUCUGCUUCAGCACAUCCUCUCCAGCGACAUUGGAUAGACUUCAGCUGGCAGGAGGAUCGAGGGAUUUUUCUUCAGGCUGGGACACAAGUUGUGGCUCUCCUCAACUGGCAGAGAUCUACUCUCAGGGCAGCAACGGCAGAGGAACAAUAUUAGCUGGAUUCACACGCAGAGACAGGGGAGGCUAAUCUGGCACAACUUGCGAUCCUAAUUUUGGUUGGCUGCAGCUGACCCUGAUUUGGAAGAUCUCCCCUUGCGUGGCAGCACUAGGGAAACCACAGCGGUAAGGCAGGUCAGGAUCCUGAGCGGAGUGUCCAAGAAGCCACUUCCCCCCCCUCUGCGAGAAUCCUCUGUAGCCUCUUCUCCUCCAGCUGUCACAAAGCCCAGGGACCCAUCUCUCCUUUUCUACUUUCACCUCUUGAGAGGCUGGGUACCGUACCAUUCCUUUCCCUUCUCCCCCCUUCGAAAAAAGAGACUGAAGGAUGAUUUCCACGCAUGGAGGCACCCCUCAUUGUACCCUCCUCUUGCUUUGCUAGCCCAGGCUGUUUGGAUUGCAAUGGAUGGGGUGAGACCUGUGCUGGCAACAUGAUGUAGCAAUUCCUUCAGGGCAAAGGCACCUGGGACUUUGGAUCCUGAGUUUGGAACAAUCUGCCAAUUGGACAAAACCUUUCCCUGCAGACUCCCUUUUUCAGGUCCUGGAAGUGGCAAGCUUCUGGGUGCAGCCAUUGCAUCAUCGCGAGUGGGGGAAAUCCAGGCGGCGCACUGAGAUUUUGGCAGGGUUGGCUUGGGCAAUCUUGACCGUGAAGAUUCUCAUCUUCCAGACUGUGGCUUGUAGCCACAUGGAAGACCUGGGAAAGUCCACGUCGUGGCUGCGGGCUGAGCUGGCCUCCCCGUCUCCGUGCCUCCACAUCCUGGACUGCCGCAGCCGGGAGCUGUACGACUCGUCCCACGUGGAGCGGGCCCUGAGCGUGGCCCUCCCGGGGCUGCUGCUACGUCGUCUCCGGAAGGGGAAUCUUUCAGUCCGGUCCUUGCUGCCGGGGCCUCCGCAGGCCCUCAGGGAUAGCACGGUGCUCCUAUAUGACGAGGGAACGCUCCAGCUGCCCCCAUCAGGGAGCCAGGAGGAGGAUGAAGGGUCAGUGCUGGUGACGCUUCUGCAGAAGCUGCGGGAGGAAGGUUGCCCCGCCUACUACCUGCAAGGUGGGUGUGCUGAGGAAAGCGGGAUUUGUGAAGGUGGGAGAUGGGGCCGGGCUACCGACAUAUGGAAACUUAUCUAUUUCCUAGGGGGCUGCCCUAUGUUGAGUCCACCCCAUCAGUCUCAGGACAAGCCACACUGACUGGCAAAGGUUCUCUGGGGUUUUGGGGGGCGGGCGUUCCCAGCCCUACCUGAAAAUACUGGUGACUGGACCUGGGACCUUCUGCAUGCAAAGCAGGUGCUCUACCUGUGAGCUGUGGCUCUUCCCCUAACCAAUCCAUUCUCCAGGCAGAUUCAGGAAUAUUGUUGCCAGAUUUCAAGCCAGAGAUUUCCUCUGUUUUUAAAUUUGCUGCUGAAUCAGGAGAGCAGAUAACCACAAUUGCUUGCACCUAUUGCACCCCUCCCUGUACUGCCAUGUCCCCCCCCAGCUGUUCUAAUCAGCAGUUUUUCAGCUGUGGCAACGGGGCAGAGCAGGUUUCCAGCAUCUGGAACUCAGAAGAAUCGCUGCCUCUGACAGCAGAGGUGAAACCUGGCCAUCAGGGUUAGACCUGGGGUUUGACUUGGCAUAAGGGUGUGUCCAUAUUAGCACCAUAGAGUUCAAUUUGUUUUUGUUUGUGCAACACACAGGGAACACUCAUGGGUGGGGGUUGGGGGACAAGGCAGCGGAUGAUUUCACCCUGCAACACAUUGGCUAGAGAUGAAUUACAGAAUGGCCUCCAUCAGUGUGAAGCUAGUUUGAGAAACAGUGCCUCAAACAGUAGCAUCUGAUAACAAAGUGCAGGAUACGUAUGUAUUUUGGAUAACGCUGUGGGAACAUGGAUUACAAACCCAGCCCUGGAAGUGCAGUGAGGACACAGUAAAUUGGGGUGUGGACACAGCCUUGGUCUUGUUACACAUCCCUUCCUUGUGACCUUAGCCAGGAAUAUUAUCCUGUAUCAGAGAUGGAGGAACCUGUAUCCCUCUGGUGGACUCCAACUCCCAUCGGCUCCUGUCAACAUGGCCAAGGCUUGGGGGAUGGUGGGAGCUGGAGUCCAGGAACAUCUGGAAGGUACCACUGGUUCCUCACACCUGCCUGAGAUUUUAAGUCUCUUCCUAGGGAGGUUCACCCGGCGCCUUCAUUACAUAUCUUUAGGCGCCUGGCAAAAGCAUCUCCCAGGCCUUUUAAACUGAUGGGGUACUGUGUUCGUUUGUUAUUGUGACUUUUAAAAAAGGAAGUCCUGAAGUACAGAAACUCAGAAAGUGAAGUGUUUUCCCCUGGCUACAUCUGCAUGCUUUCAAGGUCUUCUUUAUCACCCAGCUCUUAAAUGUACAAGAGGGACUGCCAGGGUGGGGGGUGGGGGGUUGGAUGGCAACGCAGCACAGGCCUGCCCUGGGAAACUUCCCUGGCCGCUGCCCAAGCCUGUUAAGUGUCACCCUAGGCCUGACCCAUCAGAGCAACCGGGCCGGGAGCCAGAAUAGAAGAACAGUAGUGAAUAAGGCUGCCAGCUUUUCAACUGGCCAUUGUAGCUGUGCUUUUAACAAAAGUUUGAUUUGCAGACCCUUAGCAAAUGGUGAUUCUCUGCAAUGCUGUGAAAAGCUUCACUUGCAGAUUUCUGCACAACAUGCUGCUGCUAAAUGCAAAAAAGUUGCCAAUCCCCCCCCCCCAUCAGUUUGCGACUCUAAAUCUCAGCAAGCCUUUUGGCAAGUGUGCCACCAGUGCAGUCCAAACUAUGAGAAUGCCACUUUAGCUCCUACAGCAGGGUAUAUGAAGCUCCCACUUUGUGCAUGGAGCUUUGCUGUGAUUCAAACCUUGGCUACCCCUUAGCUAGACCACGGGGCACCCUCCAGAUUAUGGACAACAAGGCCCAUCAGUCCCUGUCAGCAUGGUCAGGGAUGAUGGGAGUUGUAGUUCGACAACAUUUUGAGGGCGCCAGGUUGGCUACCCUUAAUCCAGGUCCACCUAUUGAUUGACUAAUUGUAGGGUUGCCAAACUACAACUUGAACGUUCAAGACCAAACUGCACACUGUGCACAGUUCUGUGUAACUUUGAUACUCUUUAUUUAUUUAUUUUGACUGUAGCUUUUCAGCAAAGUUGGGUAGAGGGACUACUUAACCUUUCCACCAGCAGCAGUGGUUGUCUCUUCAAAAUCACCCCUUCAUCUGUUUUUCUCCACAUCAGGGAAAAUAUUCUUGAACCUGUGUUUUUCCCUCCAUGGAGAGAAAUGUAGUUGUGGGUGAUUUUCAGCAUGAAAGCAACGUAGGUAAAGCUUCUCCUUCCCACCCACAGAUCUUCCACUCACGAUUGCACCUCUCUCUGCGGCUACCUUUUCAUGUGAGAUGGUCUUAAAAAUAUAUUGAGGCAAAGCUACACCCAGCAGCAUUUAACAUGUAGUUCGCUGCUCACUUUGUCCUUUGGAAACAGUGAUUAAGUGAAAGAUGAAAACAGGUUUUUUCCCCACACAGUGCAAGCUGCUCUGAAAUUCUCUCUUGUGCACAACUAUUAAAAGUGCAGAAGCACUGCCCUUUUUCACCAGGUCUCCCUAAUUCUCCUCACCCCUGCUCCCACAACACUGAAGACUGCCAGGAUUGCAGGUUUCGGGACGGCUGCACAUUCCUGCAUUGCAAGGGGCUGGCGCUAGACGAUCCUCAAGGUCCCUUUAACACUGCAGUUCAACGAUUCUGUGUUCUUUUUAAAAAUGUAAAAAGCCUGGAAUGGUAGCAGUUAAAGCAUUUUGUUAUGUAAUCUAUGAUGAACAUGCCCUGUAGAUUUCUGCAAUCAAAAGGUAAUAUCACCAAGGCAACAGUCUGUAAACAAACAAUCUCCCAGCACAACACUUGCAGCAGCAUCUGUAAGCAAGGGGGGGCGUGUUAAAGUGGGGGCAAGAGGUCUGGGCUCCAAUAGAAAAGAUUCAGGACUUGGAGCUCCUGACUGCCUCUUAACUGUACAGAAAGUCAUGCAUAUGGGUAGAGCAAAAGUACUGCUUCAGGGGGGCAGGUGUGGGGGACUCCUUGGUUCUGAAUGGAGUAACUGCCCCUAAAGGACCAGGUGUGCAGGACUCACAGCGGCCCAUGGAGGCACAGGUCUGUCCAGGGCGGCUGUCUAUCAGUUCCAUCUGGUACAUUGGCUGAGACCCUGCCUCCCGCAGACUGUCUCGCCAGAGUGGUGCAUGCUCUAGUUAUCUCCCACUUGGACUACUACUACUACUACUACACGCUCUACAUGGGGCUGCCUUUGACCUGGAAACUACAACUAAUCCAGAAUGCAGCAGAUAGACUGGUGACUCGGAGUGGCUGCCGGGACCAUAUAACACUGGUCCUGAAAGACCUACACUGACUCCCAGUACAUUUCUGAGCACAAUUCCAGGUGUUGGUGCUGAAAGACCUAAACGUCCUCGGUCCUGUAUACCCGAAGGAGCAUCUCCACCCCCGUCGUCCAGCCCGGACACUGAGGUCCAGCACUGAGGGCCUUCUGGCAGUUCCCUUGCUGUAAGAAGUGAGGUUACAGGGAAUCAGGCAGAGGGCCUUCUUGGUAGUGGCACCCACCCUGUGGAAUGCCCUCCCAUUAGAUGUUAAGGAGAUGAGUAAUUAUAUAAUCUUUAGGAGACAUCUGAACUGAUUUUUUUUAAUGUUUAAUGUCUUAUGUUUUUAAUAUUCUGUUGGAAGCUGCCCGGAGUGGCUGGUGCAACUCAGGACAGGGUACAAAUAAUAAAUUAUUAUUGUUAAUAAUUAUUAUAGGAAAGGGUGUCCCCACUAUGACAGGGGACCCUCCAGUGUCAGUGCUUUAAUUCUGCAUGUAACAACUGUGGCUGUGCUGCUGCUGAGUCAUCUCUUGGCUUUCUCCUUCCUUGCAGGAGGCUUCCAUAAAUUUCAGGCUGAAUGGCCGCACCUCUGUGAGACCAACCUGGACACAGCCAGUGCCAGUAGCUCACCUGUGCCCCCGGCAGCUCCUGUGGUGGGACUGGGCGGCCUGAGCCUCAGCUCCGACUGCUCCGAUGCAGAGUCGGGGCCCCUCAGCAGCGGGAUGGAGUCGGAAGGGGCGAGCCCCCCCUCCUUCCCCGUGCAGAUUCUACCCAACCUCUACCUGGGCAGCGCCCGUGACUCUGCCAACAUGGACACCCUGGCCAAGCUGGGCAUCCGCUACAUCCUCAACGUCACCCCCAACCUGCCCAACCUCUUUGAGAAGAACGGCGACUUCCAUUACAAGCAGAUCCCUAUCUCGGACCACUGGAGCCAGAACCUCUCUCAGUUCUUCCCUGAGGCCAUUGAGUUCAUUGGUGAGUGAAGGGAAAGGCAGGCAGAAAACCCCACCCUUGGCCUCCCGCUUGCGUUUUCCUGUGGCUGUUGUCUGCUGGCCAUCGGAGGACCCAUUCACAUGACCCCUGCAAAGCAUUUGAGGGAAUAUGGCUUGUGUCCCUGAGACAGUCCUCUGAGUCCAUUGAGAGGCAACUGGCUCUCACUGCAGCUCACAGCUGACGUGACUCCUAGUUGGGCCCCGUCACUCACCUUUGUGUCUUCAUGUUGGCGGGGGGGGGGCAGACUUAUGGACCUUCGAGGUCCCUUCCAACUCUGCAAUUCUGUGAUUCAUGAUUGAUUCAUAAGGAGGCGGAGAACCUAGAAACACUGUGUCUACCGCAGUUUUUUGUAACAUACCACUUGGGAACUUUCAGUACCCUGGGGCUUGCAAGUGAGUAAGGAGCUGGGACCAACACCCCAGAGAUUGUCCCACUAGUGCAGGCAUCCCCAAACUUGGCCCUCCAGAUGUUUUUGGACUACAACUCCCAUCAUCCCUAGCUAACAGGACCAGUGGUCUGAGAUGAUGGGAAUUGUAGUCCCAAAACAUCUGGAGGGCCGAGUUUGGGGAUGCCUGCACUAGUGCAUCUAGUUUUGGGGGCCAGUGGGCAGGUAGAUACACUUGAAAAUGGGUGGUUUUCCAAGCCAGGGUCCCCAUAGUGAGUUGCUGGUGGUUGAACUAAGGGCAGGUAGGACCAAGGAAGGGCAGGAGGCCUGGCUUCCAGUAUUCAUCCCUGGCUUGGGUGAUCCAAAGGCCUCGCCCAAAGUCAGUGGGGCCAGAGCUUUGCCUCCUAGUUUCUUCCUGUGCAUCACCUGUGGAUGAACCUUUGCCCUCCACCCCCACCCACAAGAUGUUGCUGCACUACAACUGCCAUCAUCCCUGGCCAUUGGCUAUGCUUGCUGGGACUGAGGGGAGUUGUAGUUUGGUGACAUCUGGAGAAACAAAAGUUCCCCAUACCUGCUGUACAGGAAUAAGGCUCAUGGGUCCUCAGGCAGCUUACUAGGCAAAGUCCUUAGAACUUGUGGGGCUCCCAGUUGAUCUGCAUCUUUAGUGAUGAGGUACAGUAAUUAAGCAUCCCAGGGAGAAGGCAACACGAUGGUGUGCCAUUCCAUUCUGGUUUGUCCUCAUGACACUCUCAGCAGGCACAGUUUUCAAGCAGACCCAUACUGAUCUGUUUUGAAUUUUGUGCUGCUGGAGAGUAGGAGUCCUUUACCUGCUGAGGGCAUCAGGUUAGCCCUAGAUGGUUGUGAGCAAUGUGGAUCACCCUUUGGAUCACCCUUGCUCAGUGUAUCUACUACAUGGGCUGGGUUAACUGACCCCUCCAGCCAUCCCAUGUCUUUUAGGGACCUCACUCUUCCUUUGCGUUACAGACCUGCAAUCUUCCCUGACGUUAAGUCUCCUACACUCCCAAACUGAUUCUUUGCUGUUGGCCGGUCUCCCCCUUUUCUUUCUCAUUGAGCAGCUUCAGUGUGUGCACACAGUGAGGUCUGUGGUCUGUGCAUCCUCAGAUUGGUUCUGUUCCUGCAUCAUCUGUAGAGUACCCUACAGAAUAUGAUGCCUGGGUACCAACUAGGCCUGCAAUGGUUCAUUGAUGAAUUUGCCAGAUUAAUUAUUUUAAAAUAUUUUGUUCGGGUGCCUCUGAUUGAUAAAACAGAGAAUUCUUAUUUAAAAAGUUUACAGUUUUAAACCAAACAUUUCCAAAACUUGUGGCACGUAGACCGCAUCUUCAAAGAGAGGCAUUUUCCCUUCUCUCUCUGUUCAACAGAGUUAAUGCAUUCUCAUAAACUGACUUAUUUGCAUUCCUCAUUCUAAUCACUUUGCUUGGCCACUCAAAUUUUCACAAAGUGCUUCUUGCAAGCGGGGCCUUGCAACAAAAUGUUGCAGUGUUGAGUGUUGCUGUUCAGGAUUCCAGCAACUCCAUUCCACUUCCCCUCCCUUCCAGUGGUUAGGAAGGGGGUGCCUGCCCCUCCCCCAAACUCCCUACCUUUGUCCCUUAUCAUGGGCCACAACUAUUUUUUUAGCUUUCUCCCCUGAUCCUCUAAUGUCAGCUCGAAUGCCCUUUUCCUCAUUGUUUCAUUCUCUCUUUUGCUGCCCACUUCCUUUUGCCCCCAAACUUCCAAAUUCUUUGCAAGCCUUUCUGGAACUGGAGCCAGAAGAGAACAAUUUGCACACUCUUUUCUAAACCUAGAUUUUGUGUUUCUUUGGCACAGUUUGAAAUAUGCUGUUGCAGUGCACGCAAUCAUGGACAUACAAUUCUCAGACUUUUCCUUUGGAAAAUUCAGCAUAAAAUCUUCCAUUUAAAAAGGAAUUAGAGUGAUGGAAGAAUAGUCUCUGGGACAGUUUAGGAGAGAUGACGCCCACCAAGAACCUUUUGUCAAAGUUGUCUCCAUCUGGAUGUAAAGGGCUGUUGCCCUGCUGCGGUGGUCCUUAGGCAAGCCUGUCUGUGUGAAAAGUCAAAGCAAGAUCACUUUUAUUCGGGGGGGGGGGAGCAAAGCAAUUCGGUGACAUGUAUAAAUUAUGUGACCAAGCAUAUCUACAUCUUUCUUAGUUGCUUCAUAUAGUUGGAGGAACAUGGCAGUAUGUGGGGCACUUAAGUCCUAUUGAAUCACUGGGAGCUUUACUCAGCCCCACCUCUGGCUAGUGAAAUCUCAACAGUCAGUGUCUAUAUACAGUCUGCCCUGAGGACUAGAAACUUGCUUGUUGAUAUAUAUAUAUAUAUAUAUAUAUAUAUAUAUAUAUAUAGUUACUAUAGGAUCCUUAGGAAGCUGAGUUCUUCACUAGUGAAGUUGCAGGAUAUCCUCAGCGCUGCUCUUAACCUGAACAUUCACACACACCCAUGGGUUCUUCCCCACCUGCCUCCCUUGUCCUGCCACCCUUCCCUCAUCCCCACUUUUUUCUCUGCCCCAGCCCUUACAGCCCCAGUUUUGUUGUUGUUUAGUCAUGUCCGACUCUUCAUGACCCCAUGGACCAGAGCACGCCAGGCACUCCUGUCUUCCACUGCCUCCCGCAGUUUGGUCAGACUCAUGCUGGUAGCUUUGAGAACACUGUCCCACCAUCUCGUCCUCUGUCGUCCCCUUCUCCUUGUGCCCUCCAUCUUUCCCAACAUCAGGGUCUUUUCCAGGGAGUCUUCUCUUCUCAUGAGGUGGCCAAAGUCUUGGAGCCUCAGCUUCAGGAUCUGUCCUUCCAGUGAGCACUCAGGGCUGAUUUCCUUAAGAAUGGAGAGGUUUGAUCUUCUUGCAGUCCAUGGGACUCUCAAGAGUCUCCUCCAGCACCAGAAUUCAAAAGCAUCAAUUCUUCCGCUAUCAGCCUUCUUUAUGGUCCAGCUCUCACUUCCAUACAUCACUACUGGGAAAACCAGAGCUUUAACUAUACGGACCUUUGUUGGCAAGGUGGUGCCUCUGCUUUUUUUUUUUUCCAGUGCAGCCAUAUUCAUGCGCCCGACCUGUUCUUUCCCUUUUCCCUUUCUCGUUCCCUCUCUGUCCCAGAUGAGGCCCUGUCCCGGAACUGUGGCAUUCUGGUGCACUGCUUGGCGGGGAUCAGCCGCUCGGUGACCGUCACUGUAGCCUACCUCAUGCAGAAGCUCAACCUGUCCCUCAACGACGCCUACGAUCUGGUGAAGCGGAAGAAGUCCAACAUCUCGCCCAACUUCAACUUCAUGGGACAGCUGCUGGACUUUGAGAAGUCGCUGGGGCUCAGCAGGGCCAGCCGGCGCCCCCCCUCUGGCCAGAGCUGCUUCUUCACCUCGCCAACAGACGACAGCGUCUUUGAGCUGGAUCCCACGUAGGGCCAAAACAGGGCGGUGGCCUCUCUUCUUGUCAUCGUCGUUGGCCUCCUCCUCCUCCUCUUCAGUGUUACCUGCCUGCCCUGGUGGCAGGGUCCCUUUGGGGACCAACUGAAUACCUCACGCCAGAGAGGAAGGCACCUCUUACAGCUGCCUUUGUUGCUGUGGAUGCUGCACACCUUCCCAAACAUGCAGCUCAGCUGAUGGGGCCAGAUCCAUAACCAAAGACCCUCCCUGCCCCCACAACCCUUCCACCUGCCUCUCCAUUCCCCAAGAUCCCUGGACAAAUGCUGAGUGUUUCCUCUGGACACACAGACCGUGUGGUCCAGACCAGCCUGUUAGAUUUUAAAAGAUUUGGAAUGGGCCGUUUUCAGGGCUGGAACCUGCUGGUUGCUAAAAUGCCCAUCUUAUAUAGGACGUUUCCCAUUCUACAGCCAUAAUCUAGAAACUGGUUAGGUUGCAGACCUUCGGCUCCCAUGAGAAUCCUCUCUCCCCAGGACUUCUGGUUCUAGAGCGACAUCAUUCAGUUUAAGGGGGGAAAUGGGGGGGAUAUGAAAGAGAGAAACAAGUCUCCUGUGGCAGUUCUGUAAUGAAUAAAGGGAUAAUCCAGAUUAGAAACCUCUAUCUCAAAGGUGAAAGGUUCCCCAACUAUCUAUCUUGUUCUUGGUUCUAGAACCAUGAACCACAGAAUCCAAAACGGUGUCACAGCAUGUAUAGUCUGAGACUCUAGAAUUGCCUUAAGGAGCCCCUGCCAGGAAUGGUACAAGACACCAAACAAAAGAAUCCACACCCUUUUAAGCCUUUGGCCUCCGGUUCUAGGAAUUAAUCCUAUCAUGCCUGAUGCAAGAACUGCAGCUCUGGAACUGGGACAGUUAAGGAAUCUCUGGGUCAAGAACCUACGAGCUUUGGAUGCAGAUUCAGAAGCCUGUAUCAUUCAUCAUACCUCAACCAUCAUCUGCCCCACAACUUCCCAUCCCAAAAGCAGGCCGGCCAGCCACUCUGGAAUUAAUCCAGCUAUUUCGGAAAAGCAGAAGGAAAAUGUGUGGGGUCGAAGCUUUGGAGCAGAUUUGCAUCAGGGAGCCAGGAAGACCUAGAUAGUAGGGGGCAUGGUGAUCAGUUCCUGCACAGAGGUGGAGAAAGUGGAGCAGCUUUGAAUUUCAUGUCUGUGUGUGUACAAAUUUUGAAUGUGUGUAUGCCUUAAUGCCUGCUUGUAAGCAGCCAGAGCUGUGUAUGUGAGUACUAGACAGCGUCUGCUUAGCCUGCAUGCAGGGCUUAAUUUGUGGCCAGAACAUACGGCUGAAACUUGCUUUCAGUGUCAGGUGCUCCGUCCAGGCACAAGUUAAGUAGUAACAAAGAAGAGAGCACCUCUGAGCAUGGGCAGAAAAACAAUCAAAGAAGUAGUAGGUAAAUGGGCAGACUGCUGGCCACAGACUGCUCCCCUGCAAUAGGCUACAGUUCUUGGGUAAAAGGAUGUGACUUGUACUAAGUAGGCAUGCACUCAGCACUUCCUUUAAAAAAUGAAUUAACUUAACCAUUGCCUGUAAGUGGGUGUAGUCAGAUAACAGAUUGUGCCUGUAUGUUCUAAACUAUGUCCAGGGCAUUCUGGUGCCCCCUGCUUAAUGAUAAGUUCCCUAGGUUUCUUCACUGUGGAUCUGCUGCAAUUCCAUAAGUUGGUAUUUUUGCAGGAUUGGCUCUCUCCUGAUCCCACCUUUCUUUCUUGAUCUUUUUUUAAAGCAACUUUCUUAGCCCUUUUGGCUAUGAAGAUAUGCUUAAAAGUGCUUGCAGGCAAAGCUUGCUGAAAUAAUCUCGAGCAGCUGCAGAAUGAGGGGCUCCAGGGGUCAAAGUGGGUGGGCUUCAGGGUCCUGCAUAGUGGACCUCCUUAUGAUUGGCAAAAGCAAGAUAAAGGAUGCAGAGUUGUAAGCAAAAAUUUGCAGAGUAACAGUGCAAUCUUACAUGUGUCUGCAUAGAAUUAAGUCCUAUGAUGUCCAAUGAGACUUAUUCCUAGGUAAAGGUGUAGAGGACUGCAGCUUAGGUUGUGCAAAAUACAAGCAAUUACGCAAAUUUGCUCAUCUAGUACCAUUCAUGUGGGUUGCAGAAUUCAGCUUUGGGCAGGGGGGAAUUUGGACUGCCUGGACACAACCUUUAAUUUUAUUUGGCUGUAGACUUCAGUCCCGUGUACCUGUAUGUGAAAAAUGCAGGUCUGUCAUUUUCUCUUUUCCUCUUUUCUUCAUGGCAGCUAAGAGAACUGCCUUAGGAUGGUCAUUUUUUAAUAAUAAUAAUAAUAAUAAUAGUUAAUAAUAAUAAUAAUGGUUGACAUCCUGGUCUCUUUGUUUUUCACAUGAAUGUAUAUGGCUCCGGAGCCAACUGCAGAGACAGGCAAGGACUGUCAUUGCCAUGGGCAACACAGUCACUUCAAUAAAAACAGGCCUUUAAACAAUACGAAGGAGUGUGGAUUUGUUUGGUGUUGAUGCUGAUGAAAAGCAGCUGAUGGUGAACCACUUCACAUGCACAAGACCAAUCCAAAGAAAGCCACUAACCCAGCUGUGAGGAACCUCUGGCCCUGGAGUUGUUUGCUGAACUACAACUCCCAUCUUUCUUGGCUAUUGGCCAAGCUUGCUGGGACUAUUGGGAGCUGCAGUUCAGUAACAUCUGGAGGGCAGAAGGUUCCCCACAUCUGCCAUAACCCUAAUGACUACGAUCACUGAGAUCAUCUGGAUUUUUAAAUAAAAAACAGAAUGGUGUUUUAUAGUGUACACCAUCUUUAUAAUUUAAAAUGUGG